CAACGGAUGUCGUGGCGAACGCAUCUUAUCAAGAAAAAGAAAAUCAAGCUUUCCAGAUUUAUCAAGCAAGGACUGGAAGUCUGGUGAUCGUGGCAGGACGAUACAUCUAUCAAGAUCUUAUCAAGAGAACCAAGCAUGGACGAGAACUGGUUCGGGUGGGCACCCGAUUCAAGCGCUGAAAAUUACGACAAUGGCGCGGGCGGUAGCAGAUCAACAUCUCCCAAUCGAAUGAAACUGAAAUCGAAGAGUAAGAUUUCGAAAAAGAUGCUAAUGGAGCAAAUGGUAGCACUCAAAAACGAGUUGGAUUUCGUUAGAAAAGAAAAAGACCAAUUACUGCUUGACAAAGAAAACGCACGAAAUAAUCAAACAAGACAAAUGGAUACGUGUCAACAACAGGCAUCUGGCAACGAGUCCCUGUUAGCCACCAGCUAGGCUUUGUGACUACAAAAACGAGGAGGAAAUGGAAGCUAUAGUUCGAACUAUUGUUAAAGGGACAAGCGAUAGUCGUGUGCGCGUGUUAGCUCAACGAAACUGGGUAAACCAAGGCGACAUGAAUAGCCUAAUUGCUAUGGUACGAGACCAAGAGAUGGAGAUUUUCAAUGAGGAAGAAUACCAGAAACUAAAUCGACAAAGCAUCGCUGCAGUAACUGCAGCACCGCAAGGCACUACUCAACGAUUCCAGUUACGACGUGGAACCGGAUAAAGAUAUCAGGGAUAUCAUCGCGGAAAAGGUUCCUCUUAUCAUCGUUAUCAGGCUCUCCGUGCAAGUUCACCCAGAAAUGCUUGUUGGCGAUGCGCCAGCA